GAGAAAGACACUUCCAGCUCCCCAAGAGAACGAGCUAGUUCAAGGUGCUGGACGCACGAGUGAAGAAGUCUGUGGAAGAGAUAAUAACGAAAUAUCUCUUCACUGUUGCUAUUCCGGUUUCGACCAGCCAACAACAAUGUGGUUAUUUAUAGCAGAGGGUAGCACAGAAGCUGUUCCUAUAAAUGCUAGUGAUCCUAAUAUAAUGAUUAGUGAUGAUGGGAUGAACUCUGUAUUGAUGAUCAAUCCUUUUGAGGAGGCUUAUGCUGGUACUUAUCGCUGCAACACAACCAACAUUGCCGGGACUGAUGCUGGAGAUGUCAAUGUAGUAUAUAAGCCCCCAGAAGAGAAGGAAUGGCUAGUUUCUACGUGGAGUAAAUGUUUCCCAAAUUGUCACCAUGGGGUAAGGAACAGGACCGUUGUAUGUGUGACUGUUUCUAAUCAUAUGGUGAUGGAUGGGUGUACUCCUCCUCCACCUCCUUCAGAAGAGCAAUGCACUGAAAGGGGACCAUGCACUGAAUGGGUGCCAGGGAAUUGGUCAGUGUGUACAAAAACUUGUGGAAUCGGCUAUCAAGUUCGUAGAGUCACUUGUAGAGCUACAUAUGAUAAUACCAUUGAACUGAACGAUUCAGAAUGUUUGACUGCACGCCCACCUGUAUUCCGCUACUGUAACAUACAUGACUGCCCUUGUAUCGAGCCGGCAUAUUGCAGUUACUAUGUUGGUACUGAAAUGUGCUGGAGAACUGAGGUGCAAAGAGACUGUUGGUGUACCUGUGGGCCAGCUCCUUGAUGCAAACAUGUCAUUGAUAACCAAUUAUUAAUAACUGAAAUGAUUAUUAUUAAAUUUUAAUAAACUUAAAAGGGCUUUAAAAAACUCUAUAUAGCCUAAACCUGCAA